AUGUGUAGGAAGAAGAAGAUCAAGUGUGACGGCAAGCUGCCUGCCUGCACUCACUGCAUCAACUACAAGACAGAUUGUGUCUUCACCCAAGUGGAGAAGAAGCGAAGUCCUCCCAAAGGCCAUGGCAAAAAAGGCCUGCUGAGCGAGGAUGACAGCGGUACCGACUUGGGCGCACUGGAGAAGAAAUUGACAGAGAAAUCACGCCAGGCCUCGACUGUUGCAACCAGUCCCAUUUCUCCUUCACAGGCAACGUCAGGGCAGGAUGGCACCGCCUCGACACCACAGAGUGCUCUCACAUCGCCCGAUCCAACCAAAGACAAGGACAAGGACAAGGACGAGAAACGCAAAUCCACAACGCCCGGGGAUGAGAGAACAGGUGACGGAGAAGAAGAGGUCGAAGCCCUUUCGGAGAUGAUGUGUUCUCUUGUUACCAAUCAAUGUGGCGAAACUCGAUACAUUGGCUCGUCUUCGGGCUUUUCCAUCUUCUCACCAAAGGGUAUUCAGUGGGUCAACGGGCGUACUGGGGACGAUUCAUUUGCCAAGAUGAUAUCUGAGGUAUCUGUGGAUGAUCACAAAUGGACGAACUGGAAGCCUGAAGUUUUCGGUGACCUGUUCCAGCGACGGGUAUUCAGGCCGCUGCCGCCGAAAAAUGAGGCAAUGUCCCUUUUACAGGACUACUUCGAGAACUUCAACUGCAUGUUUCCCCUGUUUCACCAACCGACUUUCAUGCAUUUAGUUGAGAGACAAUACUCGUCUGAUCCGUAUGAAGGCUCCGGAUGGUGGGCAAGCUUGAACUGUGCACUGGCCAUCGCGCAUCGCCUACGGGUCAUGAGCAACCUGGUGCCGCAGGAGGAGGAUGAGAAGGCUUGGGCGUAUCUGAAAAACGCCAUGGCAGUAUUUCCAGAGCUAACUAUGCGGAACACGGAUUUACUAAGUGUGCAGGCUCUGCUUGGCAUGGCGUUGUUCAUGCAAGGAACGCCGAAUCCUCAGCCCACCUCCCUCUUGAUUGCUGCCGCCAUUAGGCUUUCGCACAGUAUCGGACUUCAUAAACGUGGAACGGGAUUCAACUUGAACCCCAUCGAAAUCGAACAACGAAAGAGAGUAUUUUGGAUUGCAUACAUGCUAGACAAGGACCUAUGCCUUCGAUCUGGACGGCCAGCUGCACAAGAUGAUGACGAUAUGAAUGUGGAGCUUCCGGACGCCAACCCCCCCGACAACAUUGGAAACAUCCCUCUGGCGGAUGGAAAGGGCAAAAUGAACCUCUUCCGUGUUAUUUGUGAAUUUACUGUUAUUGAAAGUAAUGUUUACAAGCGGCUGUACUCGACAAAAGCGACGAAACAAUCCGAUGGAGAGCUUUUGAAUACCAUCGGUGAACUGGACCAGGAAUUGGAGGAAUGGAAGGACAGAAUUCCCGUUGACUUUCGACCGGAACAUGAGAUAAAGGCGUCCCAUACACCGUUGAUAUUGCAUGUUGUCAUGCUCCAUUUCACGUACUACAACUGUUUGACGACUAUUCAUCGCAUGUCAAUUCACCAUGGUUAUUGGACAAGCAGACUGUCAAACUAUGCCAUUCAAGGCUUGAAUUCGAGGCCUCUGAAUCCAAGGGUUUUCUCUUCCGCUCAACUGUGCACAGCAGCCGCUCGAGCCUCAAUCUCUCUGCUGAAAUAUGUCCCACAAGGUGACUUUUCAUGCGUUUGGCUCAUUCUUUACUUUCCCGUGUCAGCACUCAUGACUUUGUUCAGCAACAUUCUUCAAAAUCCCCUUGACCCCCGUGCCAAGUCUGAUACAAAGUUGAUGGACCUUGUUGUUACAUUCUUAUCGAUGCUGGGCCAAGAGGCUGAACAGGGAGGCGUGCACCGCAUGCUCGGCAUAUGCUCCGAAUUCGUACGUAUCUCUAAAGUGGUGAUUGAAAGGGCAGAAAAGGAGCAGUCUUCUAGGCGAAAGCGCAAGAAUGUAGACUCGGGAUCGAAAAACAGCACUGUAACAAACUCUUCCAGCAAGCCAUCUGUACAAAGUACGCCGGGCGAGACAGCAUCCUCAGAAACGCCCAGACCUACCACCGCGACAACACCCACGCCAACGCCACACAAUCUUUCCAUCUCUUCUGCCUCCAGAGAUGCGCUGGCAAGUCUCACGUCAACCAGUCCAGCAGACAGAAGAGGUUCCUUUGAUCCUUCAGCAGUCAUGUCGAUGAAUAGUCAAUCUCCCUCUGGCGGCUCAACCAGCUGGCAGCAAGAGUUGCAACCUCCUCAAAAUGGAGACUUUGACUCAUACAACAACAUGAAUGCCUUUGGUGCCAUUGGUGUGUCCCCGCCACCCGUACCACUGACGGCUCGGCCUUUUGCACAGCCCCUGCUCCCACAAGACUUGUUCGGUCUUCCAGCGACGUUGGAUUGGAGCUGGGCCGAAAUGAGCGGCGGUGCCUACCCGUCAGUUGAGAAUGGGAACUAUGGUGGCGAGCAACCAGAUCUGUCCACAACUGGCGUAUAG